UUUCAGUUUGCGUUCCCUAACCUAACUUUCUCACGUGGUUUGUGUUUUGUGCUCCCGGAAAGAAUUCUCAUUUUGGGCAUUUUAAGCAGAAAUGGGGAGUAAAAAGGUUAAAAUAAGUGCUUCCAAGAGGUCAACACAUCUUCGCGGGAAGAAGAAUGUGGCUCCCGGACAGUCCAAGAAGAAAGCGGCAGCGAAACAGGGAGCAAAAGGUAAGCUUCUUGAUAAAAAAUCUAAUAAAGCACAGGUCAAUGGACCUGGUAAGAAGUCAAAGGGGAAGAAAAAGCAGCAUAAGCACAUGGGAAUGCCUGAGAUUCACGGAGAAGUCUCAAGUGAUGUUGAUGAUGUGAUGGAUAUGAUUGAUGAGGAUGAUAUGACAUACCUGGCUAAGAAUUUCAAUAGAAAAGAAGUGAAUGGGGUAGCUAGUAACGCCAAGGUCGGGGGGAAACGAAAGAAUCUUCUGGAGAACGAUAUUGACAGCCAUGAGAAGAGAUUCCGGGAAGACUAUGAAGGAACUCGUGCUAUUACUGGUAAAAUUCGGGAUCUUCUGCCCAUAAAGACAAAGCAAGGAUUUAUCCCUCAAUCUAUGGUGGUCACUGAGGAGGAUGAGAAGAAACCCCUUAACGGAGAGGAGGAGGAUGAACCUGAAGAGGAAGAUUCAGAAGUCAAUGAUUCUGACGAAGAAAUCAUCCGGGAUCAGGGAGACGAUGAUGUACAGGUGAAGAAAGAAGACACAGCAGUGUCAGUGGCUGAUUUGCUGAUACACCGUGAACAGGAAGUUCAAAAGCAAAAGUUCAGGAUUGGGAUCAUCUGUUCGGGAAUCCUAGAGCGUCCAGAGGAGAGAAUUAAGAAUUUUACCUCACUUUUUGACCUUAUGACACGUGUCACAAAAGCCGGGAGUCUCAAUCUGGUUUCCAUCAGGAAAGUAGCGCUUUUGUCAGCGCUGGAAGUUUUCAAGGACAUCAUUCCUGAGUACAAGCUCGGACAUGUGGAGACUGAGACGGUGAAGCUCAAGAAAGACACUCUAAUCCGUGUAACCUUUGAGAAUGUCCUCCUGCAGCAGUACAAGAAGUACCUGCAGAUCCUGGAGAAGAUCACAAUGACUCUGUCUAAGAAAAAGCCAGCUGGACAGGGUCCAGUAACUGCAGUCCAGAUAAGCCUGGGCGAAGUGGCGACAAAUUGUCUCUGUGAACUCGUCCUAGCUCAUCCGAAUUUCAACUUCAGCCCGAAUAUCGGCCAAACGCUAGUUUACUUGUCAAACAGUCGCUUCCCUCAGAUCCGGGAGAAGGUCAAUCAGUGCUUUAGAACCAUCUUCAAAACGGACAAACGUUUGGAUUUGACCCUUCACAUCAUCCGGAGGAUCAAUCAUCUCGUGAAGACGAAGCAGAAUAACGUGUAUCCCGAAGUCCUGACCAGCUUGACGUCCCUGUACAUCAAGGAUAUUAAUUUGGAUGCAGAAAAGGAGAAAGAGAUCAAGGAAAAGAAGCUGGAAGCUAAAAAGAGCCGCGUGAUGAACCUCUCCAAGAGGGAGCGGAAGCGUCAGAAGAAGAUGAAGGAGCUGGAAAAAGAACUGCUAGAGACAAAAGCUGAGGAGAACAAAGAAUCCAGGCAGCACAAAUUGACAGAAAUUACCAAGCUCAUCUUCAACAUCUAUUUCCGGAUCCUCAAAAAUGAUCCAAAUUCUAAGCUUCUGGCCACAACCCUGGAAGGUUUGGCUAAGUUCGCCCAUGUCAUCAAUCUCGAGUUCUUCUCGGAUCUGGUCAAUGUGCUGAACAGUAUCAUGGAGACUGUAGAACUCGACUACAGGGAACAACUGCACUGCAUCCAGACAGUUUUUGUUAUGCUGUCAGGACAGGGAGAAGUCCUCAAUAUCGAUCCAAUUCGCUUCUACAAUCAUCUAUACAGGAACCUCCUGAUAGUUCAUGCUGGGAAGAAUCAUGGGGAUUUCCUGAUAAUCCUCAAGACACUAACGGAAGUACUGGUGAAACGAAGAAAGGAUGUGACUUAUCAGAGAUUGCUGGCCUUCACCAAGCGCAUUAUGACGGCAUCUCUGCAGGUGCUUCACAAUGGAUCUCUGGGAUGCAUCUGUGUAGCUAAGAAUAUGCUCCAGUUGACAUCCAAGGCAGUAGAUGUGCUCCUGGACACGGAAACUUUUGUGGGAUCUGGAAGGUAUGAUCCUGAAUUGCCUGAUCCAGAGUACUGCAAUGCCAACUGCACUCUUCUCUACGAAGUUUCCGCUUUAAUGAGGCACUAUCAUCCGGUUUGUGUCAAAAUGGCCAGGCACCUUGCAGCAGGAGCACCUAUAAGUGGCGAGGGAAGCCUCAGCGUGGACGUUGCGAAAUUAAAUCCCGAGGAACUAUUUGAGCAAUUCGAUAGCACAACAAUGGCAUUCAAUCCAGCCAUUCCGCCACCUCGCAUCAAGGAUCCUAAGAAUGCCAAAGGUACGUUCAUCUUUUCAGAUGAUGCUCUGAAGGCAGAAUGCAGUUCAGCACUUAGGAAUCCCGUGAAACCAUCGGCAUCCGGCCAUAUCGUUGACUUUUGGUCUUCACUCUGCAAGAGGAAACUCCAAGAUAAGUAAAACGAAAUAAAAUAAAUUCUGUUAGAUUUUUUUUAUUACCAUUAAAAAAGAUAAAUUGUAAAA